AUGAACUUGACAGCUUUAUGUAUCAGACCGUCGGGCACAUGGGCAUUGAGAGUUUGGCGAAAGCGAUGGGUUUGCCGCUUUACAGGCGAGAAACAAAGGGGAUAAGUACACAAACUGGGAAACAUUAUGUGCCUACUGACGAUGAUGAGGUUGAAGACUUGUUUAGCCUUUUGGAAUUGUGUAAGAAUGAAUUACAAGUUGAGGCUGUUGCUGUAGGCGCCAUUCUCUCCGAUUACCAGAGAGUACGUGUUGAAAAUGUAUGUAGUCGUCUAAGUUUGGUCUCGCUGGCGUAUCUAUGGAGAAGAGACCAAACUGAGUUGCUGCAGGAAAUGAUUGAUUGCCAAGUACAUGCCAUUAUAAUAAAGGUAAAGCAUUUUACUACUUUUUCUGGACCUGUCGCGGUCACGGAUAUGAUUAUAACGUUUUUCCAACAAACAAUUGCAUUGUGCAUACGUAUGUAUGUAAAAUUAAAAUUUAAAUGCUCACAAUUUAAAUGGAAGUAAACAUAUUUUAUUUUA